AUGCAAUCCCCUUCACCUCGUCUACGCCACUACAGGACAAUGACAGCAAUAUGCUUCGUCUGCAAUCUACCAAUUUUAUCUCACCAAGUGGGACUCGUAUGGGCCGGAGGAAAUGGAUGGGACGAGCUGACACGUUCCAAUUUAGAAGAGACCACACUACGACAGCGCCUAGGCAACCGACGAGAUUCUGCUGCCCAGGUGUGUUGCCUUUCACCGCCGGAACCCGACGUUGCAGAUCAACAAAGAGGUGGACCUCGCCGCCGACGAUCUUCUCUAGCUCAAUUGACAGAUAUACUUCGCGAAUGGGGCGGAGGUGGAAGCAGUGCACCAAGACGUCAAAGAGCCCCUUUAUCCAGACGCGAAACUUUAGCAGAUCUGGCCCGAUCUCUCCCGUGGGCCCGACAUGAACCACCUGUACGUCGCCGACGUGAUUCUUCAGCUGAUUCUGGUAUUAAAUCUUCAGCCUCAAGGCGACGUGAUUCAAAGGCUGCCGUACCUCAAGAUUUUAAAUCUGAAUUUUCAUCAUAUUUAGAGCGCAAAGAUUCUACAACAAUUAUGCCAUCUAGACGAGAAGAACGACGUGUUAAAAGACGCGGCUCUGGUGAUGGUAAAGAACGUCGAGAUUCAGUUGAUGGUCACCGAUAUCGACGAGAUUCAGUAGUGGCUCCACCACCACGAGUAGUUGCCACUCACAAAAAGAGAAGAGCCUCUCCACCAACUCCAGCUCCCCCAUCUUUUAUAGAGGCAUCCUCAGAUCCAGGUCCGACAUCACAUCCACCAGCUGUAACUGUAGUGACUGUACAUGAACCGAGCCGAUCAGAUGGAGAAUGCCCUGCAAUGACUAUGCCAACUAUAAUAACAUCAGCAGUUACUCCUUCACCUACAUCACCUACUAUACCAACCACUACUGCUACCCAAGCGACACAAGCUUGUCAAUCUUCUCAAGCAACACCAGUAACUCCUGGAGGAAAAACACCGCCGAAUUUGGGUGGCCGAAGAGAUUCAACAACACAAUGUGGUCGGGCAAGAAGAGACUCACGGGCAACUGCUAGUCCAGAGCGUAGAUUAGGAAGAUUACAAAGACAAGCGACCGCUUUUGAUGAUCCAACUGGUCCUCCUGGGGCACGACGAAGGGAUUCUGGCCCUUCAUUAGAUCCAGAAGAUGCUGCAAAAGCUAGGCGAGACUCUUUAAGUCCAGAUUCAGCAGCGCGUCCACGUCGUGAAAGAAAUCAGCUAAGUCCAGAUAGGGCAGGUGGUGGCGAAUUAAGUCCUUCUGCAGCUAGAAGACGUAGUCGUUUAAGGAGACAAGCCUCAUGUGCUCGAGUAGGUCGAGCUCGAAGUCCAGAAUCAAGUUCAUGUUCUAGCCGAGAUCCUAGCCCUUGCGCUCGGCCGCCUGAACGAACAAUGUUUAGACGGCAAUCGACUACAGAAGAAAUACUAAUAGCUCGUGGUUUUCGCCGCCAAUCUACUACAGAAGAAAUGAUUCGUUGCCGUAAUUUUCGGCGACAGAGUUCUCAGAGUGACGAUGCUUGUAUGCGUGCUCGUGGUCGUCGCGACUCAUCCACACAAAUACUAGACGGAACUAUAGGUACUAUGACUGUCGAAACUACCAGCACGUUCUUCGAUUCCAGUACACAAACUGAGCCGUCCCCAUUGUACGACAACAAUCACUACCACGAGGAAUGUCUACGCUGCAACUCCUGCGGGUUAAACCUCACCGGGCCCAAUCAGAAACGUGCACGCCGUUUCAAGAACCAGAUCCUGUGCGACCUGCACUUCGCAGACGUGGCGCUGAUGGAGUGCAGCGACUUCAUGCAGCAACUACGCAGCUUUAAACCCCAGUCCCUGGGCUGCGCUGUUGCGAGGCGCAAGUCUUCCACCACACUCAUCUUCCCUCUACCACCACAAGCUUGCUCAGACGAAUUUUGUGAAGAGUACCCUCACAACUUGAUCCCAACGCCCGGCUACUGGAUCGAGUGCUCCCGCCAGAAGAUAGCUACUGACACUAUAUGGGACGAGUCGGAAUCGGAACAUGACAGCGGUCCUGAUACAGAAGAGCGCCGAAGAAGAUCAGGGUCUCUCGACGAAGCCGCUGAAGACAGCAGCGAUAAUGGAGGAGGUAGUACACCAAAGAAAAAAACCGCAAUCGAAGAACAAUGGGAGAGGGCAGGUGGCUUCGAGCUUACAUCAGUAGAGCAGGAAACCUAUGAAAAAUAUUUCUACGGAACAGAACAUUGGAACUACUUUACAAAUGAUGAAGACCUCGGUCCUGUUAUACUGUCUAUAAAGCAAGAAACACUCAACGCUAGGGACCAGUUUAGAAUCCUCGUGCGAGCCAUAAGCUACACAGUGCAUGGAUUAAUCCCGGCAUCCUGCGUGUUCGCCGACCGUUAUAAUCGAGAGGAAGUUGUCAGGUCACUGGGCAAAGAGGUUAAUAUUAAUCCUCCUCUGAUGCUUGGACAGCUGCCUGACACUCCUGAAGAACUGUUGAAGUUGGAUCAAGUAUUCAUUAAAUCUGAGUUAAAGGUCGGUGUAAUAUAUGUUAAAGAAAACCAAUACACAGAAGAAGAAAUUUUAGACAAUAAUGAGAACUCGCCGUUUUUUGAAGAGUUUCUUCAAGUUCUCGGCG